AUGAUACGACUUCCACUGACAACACUUUUUGUGACCAUGGACGAAGUGAAAGGGUACGAAACCCGCCAGCCUAUCAAUGUGGCGCGGGCCGUGGGAGAUGCUCACGGCACAGCGGGUCAGAUUUACGAGCAGGACGAAAUGAGCAUGAAUCCUGUGGAUACUGAAAGUCAGGCACAGCCAACAGCAUUUCGGGGCCCCAGGCCGAAGACGCCUGAACAACGCCAUUCAGCUGCUCGGAACAACUUGGUGAUACGUUCGACCUCGCAGCAGUCGACAGUACCGCUAAACGAAGAACUCCCCUUUGUUAACUAUACUGGCUCGCGCACUCAGAUCGUACCCGACACUAGCUUAGGCAUCGGGCUAGUUGCCGGUGCGGAUGGCGAUCCAGGGAGCGCCGCAAAUCACAACGUAGAUGAUGACGCGGAAAAGGUCACUCCCACUUCCAGUCGCCUUAGUGAAGGUCUGUCUGAACGCAACACCCGUCAAGGAGCAGUCUCCAACAGUCCACAAUCUGCUAGAUGGCUAGCCAUGCCUCCACAAAGGGCAUCUCCGGCUUGGAGAGCCGCCAGGCAAGAUCACUCACAGGCUACACCCAUCGACGAGUCACCUCGUUAG